AUGAGAUUUCCAAAGCAAGGGCUCCUCGUUGCCCUCUCCGCGAGUGGCGUCCGAGCCGCCAGGAAUGGACUGGCGAGAACUCCUCAAAUGGGAUGGAACAACUGGAACACCUUCGCCUGCUCCGUCUCUUCCACCCUCCUCCUCGACACCUCCAAGCUGCUCACGGAAUACGGCCUGCAGGAUCUAGGCUACAAGUACGUCGUGUUGGAUGACUGCUGGUCCUCCGGCCGCGACGAUAAUGGCAAGCUCGUGGCCGACACGACCAAGUUUCCCGACGGGAUGGGCGCUGUAGCGGAUGCACUGCACGAGCAGGGGUUUCUGUUCGGCAUGUACUCGAGCGCGGGCGAGAUGACGUGCGCAAGAUAUGUUAGCGGGGUGGAAACACAAGGUGAGAAGAGGUUGCUAAUGAGUAACGGUGGAAAUAUAGCCGGAUCCCUCGACUACGAAGAUGCCGACGCUCAGAGUUUCGCCGACUGGGGCGUCGACUACCUCAAGUACGACAACUGCUAUCACAUGGGCCGCUUCGGCACGCCCCUUAUAUCCUUCAAUCGCUUCAACGCCAUGGCAGAGGCCAUUAAGAAGACGGGUCGGUCCAUCCUCUACAGCCUGUGCAGCUGGGGCGAGGACUAUGUCCACACUUGGGGAGGAUCCAUUGCCAAUUCAUGGCGCAUCUCGGGUGACAUCUACGACUCUUUCGCUCGUCCCGACGACCUGUGCUCAUGCACCAAUGCCGCAGACCCGGCCUGCAUUGCGCCCGGCACGCACUGCUCCGUGCUGGCCAUCAUCAACAAGGUUGCGCCCUACAUCGAUCGAGGCCUCCCCGGCGGGUGGAACGACCUGGACAUGCUCGAGGUUGGCCAUGGAGGCAUGACUGAAGAGGAGUACAAAGCCCACUUCUCCAUGUGGGCAGCCCUCAAAUCCCCCCUGCUCCUCGGCAACGACCUGCGCUCCAUGACGGCCUCUUCCCUCGCCAUAAUUAACAACCCCGCCAUCAUCGCGCUCAACCAGGACCCCCGCGGCCGCGCCGUCCAGCGCAUCCUGCGCGACCUGGACGUGCCCGUCGACCGCUACGGCGUCGGCGAGGCGCAGGUCUGGAGCGGCCCCUUGGCCAACGGCGACCAGGUCGUCAUCUUCUUCAACGCCGCCGACGCGGACCUCGACAUGGCCGCCUCGCUCGAGGACGUCUUCAUCAUGGACGGCGUGGGCACCGCCCCGCAGAUCCAGCAGGACUGGGCCAUCCACGACCUGUGGGGCAGCACCGGCUCCCGCAUGAGCACCGCUGACGCCCAGGCCCUGCUGGACGCCAAAGGCGCGGACGCUCGUCGGACUUUCCUGCAGACAAAGGUCGACUGGUACAAUGCCACGGAGGUGCCCUACGCCGAGGGCCUGAACCGUCGGGAUCCGAGAUUGUUUGGCGAGCGUAUUGGUACUGUUGAGGCAGGCGGCGAGAUCAAGGUGCGCGUGCAGAGACAUUCUGCAAAGGUGUUUAGACUGCAGAGCAUUAGCGGACAGGAUUCCGUGAGGAAGAGUCUUUUGAGAGAUGAGCUUUGA